CACGCUUCUUCCCGUCGUUCCCUUCUCUCUGAGUCUCUCUGCGUUCUCAACGUGGACACUGUAGAGAGCACCUCAUCACCCCUUACAAGCCCGACCCGACGAUUCUUCUGGGAGAACGUUAUCCUCACGGUUGAAGAUGAGCUCUUCUCGGUUCCGCAAUUCCGCCUCUGCGAGGAUCAGAGGUGUUUUCAAACAUGUUCUCGUUCUCGCUUGAGGGAAGGGCAACCUCCAGCGAGGGAAAAGAUGAGUCAAUCCCGAUAGUGCUGGAAGGUCACAAGAAGGACGACUUCGCCAGCCUCUUGAAAGUUCUCUAUCCAAGUUUCGACGACGUCACGAACAACUUCAAGCUGGUGAAAAAUGAAUGGAUCGGGGUUCUUCGAUUGUCGACUACGUGGGAGAUGACACGGGUCCGGAACCACGCUAUCCAGUCUCUGUCAAGCCUCCGACUAUCCUUUGUCGAAAAAGUGACCUUGGCCAGGGAAUUCAGAGUCAGCGACUGGCUCGAAGAUGGCAUCGUCGGUCUCGUCAUGGGAGACCCGGUUCCCCUCAAGGACCUCGAAACUCUUGGACUGGAUACCGCAGCAAAAAUCCUCUCCGCCAGAGACUACAAUGCCAUUGAGCGCAUCAAGCCUCGUCUUGGCCUUGGCUUCACCUUCCUCCGGGAGACAUUAAAAUGUACAAGCUGCAAUAACGUUCCCAUUCCAGCCUGUGGUUGUCGACGAACCUUGCUAAAUACAGCUCUUCUGACCUGUAUUCAUAGCCUCCCUUCGCCAUCCACGGUUCAACUCGGUCAACGAGUGCGACAAAUCUACGAGAACGUCUCCGUCCCUCAUAACUCAAUCCGAUGCCUGUGUGGCGCGGCCAUUACAUACGUGUACUGCGAUCCUUGCAGAUCUAACGUCCUGUCCGUGCGGGUUACCCCUGUACUUGAAGCCUUCAAGAUAAUCGAUGAAAGGUUUGGCGUGGAGAUCGAGGAGUGUAGACGCGCAGGCAUGGCUGAACGGGGGGAGAGCGCCGACUGUGGUAUCAACAAGUCCACUGCCUAA